AUGGCGUCGACUUGGAAGGUGGUUAUUGUUGGCGCUGGGCCAGUUGGCUCUCUGGCUGCGCUGUACGCCGCACAGAGGAAUUGGCAAGUUGAGCUCUAUGAGUUGCGUCCGGAUUUGCGAAACCCGGGUACAGUUCCGCUCAAUUUCACCAGAUCAAUCAACUUGGCCGUGUCUGAGCGAGGUAUUAAUGCCAUGAAGCAAUCUGGUGAACCCAGACUUGUCGAUCAUGUUAUGGAUGCCACUGUCCCCAUGCGAGGACGCAUGAUACACGGAAGGGACAAGAGUGGUGCCCUCUACGAAAAUUCACAGGACUAUGAUGUUCGAGGACGGGCGAUCCAUGCUGUAGACCGUGCAGGGUUGAAUAAGAGACUUCUGGACAUUCUGGACUCCUUGCCAAAUGUCAAGCUUCUCUUCAACCACAAGUUGAUAGGGGCUGAUUUUCGCCGUCAAAAGGCUUGGUUUGAAACGAAGGAUAGUGGUGAAUCCGCCGGUCGCCCCCGUGAAAUCGAGGUGGAUUUUGACCUCAUGAUUGGCGCGGAUGGCGCUCACUCAGCCGUGCGUUACCACUUGAUGAAGUACACCCGCAUGGAUUACCAACAAGAGUAUAUUGAUACUUUGUGGUGCGAAUUUCAAAUUUCCCCGCAAGAGGCGGCUGAGACUAGUGGUCCCUAUGGUAGGUUCCGUAUCUCGCCGAACCACCUUCAUAUCUGGCCCGGAAGGGAGUUUAUGUUCAUUGCAAUCCCCAGUGAGGAUGGCUCGUUCACCUGUACCCUAUUCCUCCCUAGCAAAAAGAUUGCGGAGCUGGAGAGCAAGCCGUCUGAUCUCCCCAACUUCUUUGACCACCAUUUCCCUGGUGUAACCAACUUCAUACCUCCAAAGGAACUUGUCGCCUCUUUCCAGUCGAACCCGCAUCUCCCCUUAAUGAGCAUAAAAUGCAGACCUUACCAUUCCGGAUCAUCGGGCGUCAUUGUCGGCGAUGCUGCCCACGCCAUGGUACCAUUCUACGGACAAGGGAUGAACGCCGGGAUGGAGGAUGUGCGCAUCCUGUUCGCCAUCUUUGAUAAGCACGCAACUCGUGGCGAGACGAACAAACCUACUAGCGAGAUUGGGGAGGAUUCUCAGUCGCCCUCUUCCAUGCAAAUAGCAGACGCGCUCGCAGAAUACUCGGCUAUCCGCGCGCCAGACGCUCACGCCAUCAACGAUCUUGCUCUAGAGAAUUACGUGGAAAUGAGGUCGUCGGUACUCUCGCUCCGCUACAGACUUCGCAAGUAUCUAGAGGAGUUUACAAGCGUCCAUUUCCCCGGUCUUGGCUGGCAGACCAAGUACGCCAGGAUCAGCUUUGGAAACGAGGGCUACCUCGAUGUGGUGCGUAAAAGUGAGCGCCAAGGUCAGGUCCUUGUUCGAGGUCUAACCGCGCUGGUUGCCGGCCCUGUUGUUGUCCUGGGUGCCACAUUGGCGUACAAAUACCGUCGUUUCCUGAACUCAGCAGUCAGCAGCUUGGUGCCCCAACAAUAA